UAUUUUAUGUAUAGGUUAUGUAUAUUAUUUUCGUGCUUCGCGGCGAUCCUAGUCGUUUUAAGUUAAAAAACGUCGUUUUAAAUAAAAAUGAGCCAAACUGACCUUAAUAACACUGCAUCGGAAAUCCAAGAUCCUCCAGAUACCGAUAAGGCAACUGUACAAGAAGAAAACCCUUAUGCCUACCUAGACAGGGAUUUUUCAUCAGAAAAUUUUAAAAUUGAAAUCAAAAACUUGCCCAAGUUUUACGGAAUAGGCGAAUUUAAGAAGUUACUAAAUGAAAAACUGAAACUAAAUGCCAAUAAAAUCAAAACCCCUCGCAGGAAUUGUCAGUAUGCAUUUGUCUGUUUCCGCAAUGAAGAAGACAGAGAUAAUGCUAUUAAAGUGAUAUCAGAAUACACAUGGAAAGGAAAGCAACUUGCUGCAGUGUAUGCCAAACCAUGUGCAGAUCCACUAGUGAAGAAAAGACAACAGUUUGACUCAUCAACUGAUUCAAAUAAAAAGCAAAAAAUCCCUAUAGAAGACAGAAUUAAACAAUCAACAGUACCUUUGGUCGAUCUUGAAUAUGAAAAACAAUUAGAAACAAAGCAGGAUGGCAUUAAGACGACCCUCAGGAAACUUGGAAAUGAACUUUCUCAUCAAAAUAUUGAGUUAAGAAAGUAUAUUGAACAGCAAAAGGAGAAAUACGACGGGCUGCCUUGUGAACUUUUAGGUAUAAAAUACUCAGAUCAAAUCAAUGGAUAUAGAAACAAAUGUGAAUUUUCUGUUGGCAUAAACCCAAAAACUAAACUGGCCACAGUAGGAUUCAGGAUUGGGGCUUAUGUUGAUGGUAUAACUGGUGUAGGACCAGUUGAACAUUUAGCCCAUAUACCUGACUCCAUGAAAAUUGCUGUAAAGGUAUUUGAAGAUUUUGUAAGAUCUUCCAGCCUAGAAGUGUACAACGCUGAACACCAAACAGGACAUUUUAGGCAAUUAACUGUGAGAUCUGCCAUAGAUCAACUGAUGGUAGUUGUUGGAAUUCACCCUCAAAAUCUGGAGCCAGCGAAUAUUGAGACCUUAAAAGAACAGCUAAUUGAAUUUUUCUCUAUAGGCCCUGGCAAAGAUGCCAAAGUAACGUCUUUGUACUAUGAAGAAAUUGUUAAAAAACAUUCAGGAGAUGAUUUUACCCCAGCCACUUUUCUAUGGGGGGAAACGCACAUUUACGAAACCAUUUUAGGCCUAAAGUUCAGGGUGUCUCCACAGGCGUUUUUCCAAGUGAACACGAAAGCCGCCGAAAUUUUAUAUCAAUCGGCCAUCGAUUUAGUCGAACCGACCGAAAACUCCAGCAUGUUGGACGUAUGCUGUGGUACAGGUACUAUAGGGUUAUGUUUUUCCAAGCAUUGCAGUCAAGUGUUAGGCUUGGAAAUCGUUCCUCAGGCUAUCGUGGAUGCUAAAGAGAACGCACUUAUGAAUAAAGUGGAGAACAGUGAGUUUUUCGUGGGUAAAGCCGAAGAGAUUUUGGGUUCAGUGUGUUAUAAAACGAAAAAUGAGGAUGUUUUUGCUGUUGUGGAUCCCCCUAGGGCAGGAUUACAUCAAAAGGCCAUACACCAAGUGAGAAAAAUCAAGAAAAUCAACCGUCUGCUGUACAUUUCCUGCAAUCCCAAACUGGCCAUGAAAAACUUCAUUGAUUUAGGAAGACCAGAGUCAAAAUACUUAACUGGACAAUUUUUUGUUCCCGUUAAAGCGGUGGCCGUCGAUUUGUUUCCGCACACUCACCAUUGCGAGUUAAUGAUUUUAUUUAAACGGUGGGAUUUGGUGGAGCAAGAGUUAAAUAAAUAAUUUUUUUUUUUUA